AUGGGUUAUGGUUCUUUUGAGAACGCUUUUCCUUUUCCAUCGUCGCUUAAGCCGAGCGAUGCAUCACCGGAGUGGAACAACAAAGCAGACAACGCGUGGCAACUAACCGCGGCAACGUUGGUGGGGCUUCAGAGUGUUCCUGGGCUUGUGAUCCUCUACGGCAGCAUGGUUAAGAGAAAAUGGGCCGUGAACUCUGCUUUCAUGGCCCUAUAUGCCUUUGCUUCGGUCCUCGUUUGUUGGGUUUCGUGGGCCCAUCGCAUGGCAUUCGGCAAUAAGCUUGUGCCCUUUGUGGGAAAGCCCAACCUUGCUCUUGAUGACGGGUUUCUACUUGAAAAGUCAACGAUGGGUUUAUUUCCAAUGGUUGACUUUGUGUUCUAUCAAUUUGCUUUUGCCGCAAUUACCGUAGUGUUACUUGCUGGGUCUUUGCUUGGGAGAAUGAACUUUUAUGCGUGGAUGGUGUUUGUUCCUAUGUGGCUUACGCUGUCCUACACCAUUGGUGCCUUCACCAUAUGGGGCGAUGGGUUUCUUGAAACAAAAAUAAUUGAUUAUGCCGGUGGAUUUGUUAUUCAUCUAUCUUCUGGCGUUGCAGGUUUCACAGCUGCUUAUUGGGUUGGUCCAAGAAUUUCACAAGACAGGCAAAACUUUGCACCAAAUAACAUAAUUCACAUGCUUGGAGGUGCAGGGUUUCUGUGGAUGGGUUGGACAGGGUUUAACGGUGGAGCACCGUUCCAAGUGGGUGAGAUCGCAUCCUUAGCCAUAUUUAAUACCCACCUAUGCACUUCCACAAGCCUACUUGUUUGGCUUACACUAGACAUGAUUGUUUAUCAGAAGAGCUCAGUCAUAGGGGCCGUCCAGGGAAUGAUCACUGGCCUCGUUUGCAUCACACCAGGUGCAGGGUUGGUGGAGUCAUGGGCUGCUGUAUUGAUGGGAGCUUUAUCUGGUUCCAUUCCAUGGUACACAAUGAUGGUGUUGCACAGAAGAUCUGCGUUCUUUCAAAGGGUUGAUGAUACAUUAGGAGUUUUUCACACUCAUGCUGUGGCUGGUCUUCUUGGGGGUCUCCUUUCUGGUGUAUUUGCCAAACCUAAACUUUUGAAGAAAAUGUAUCCAACCAUGCAUUAUGGACCAGGCUUAUUAUAUAGCUUUUUAGAGGGAAAAGUGGAUCAAGGCUUCAAGCAAAUAUGGUACCAAUUACUAGGAGCAACUUUUGUUACUAUUUGGAAUGUCAUUGUUACUAGCCUCAUUUGUAUUCUUAUAAGCCGCAUUAUGGAUCUUAGGAUGCAAGAAGAGGACCUUGAGAUUGGUGACGAUGCUGUUCAUGGGGAAGAAGCAUAUGCAUUGUGGGGAGAUGGAGAGAGAAUGCGAGUCCCUCUUCGUCUUCAUAUAAGUCCAACAAUUCCUUCCCUGUGUCGCCGAAAGCUUCCAAUUCUUGCAAAUACUGAAGAAAUAGACCAAUAG